AAUCGGGGAGGGGAGUAAAAUGAGGCUUUUGUUCUGCGCCUCAAUAUAUUAUCGUUAAUUAAUAAAAGAACGUCAAGUGCUCAGGUUUGAGAUUAAAUGUCUGGAUAAUCAUAUCGAUAACUCUGUCGAAAACUGUAUGUGUAAAAACUUUUCAGGAAUCAAUUAAAACAUUGGGUUUCCUGUGGUGAUUGAGCCAGCUAUUGAAAGGAUCAGCGGCGAAAACUACUGCACGUGCAAAGAUGGCGGACAAGAAAGUGAACAUUGCUUUAAAACAGAAAGAAAUCAAAGAGAAAACAAAGCUGAUCCUUGAAAGUUCUUCUAACGCGAAUCUGUUAGUUGACUUGAUAGAAUCUGCUGAUACGGAUGAUGAAGAAAUUAUUCUUACUUUUAUAAAAUCAGUGCACAAAAUUUUCUUGGCUUUCCUGAACGACCGAAAACUCAUGCAUGGCACAAAGUCUUCGUCUCAUCAAGCCAGCCAAGAAGAAAGAGAAACGUCAGGUGACAAGAAAACUGAAGAUCCCGAGGAUGUGUUCAAUUCAUGGCUGUAUGACAAGUACCUCGCAACUCAAAGAAAACUGUUGAGUUUUCUUCAUCAUGUAUCUGUAGCUGUCGCAGAACUUUCCCUUUGUAGUCUAAUGAAGUUCUUGGUUGAAGAAUACAAAGGGAGAACCCAUGAAAAGUCAGCUGUUUUCCCUGCUGUUUUGUUUGCAAAAAUAUUUGAGGAGCUGGUUCGUGGUGACUACAAUAUGAGUUCUUUAAUUGAUAGAUUCAGUGAAUAUGUAGAAUAUGACGAUAUAAGAUUUCAUCUUUUGAAAAAUAUAAGAAAGGCCCUUGAAAAUGAAGAAGAUUUUCAAAGGAAUGGGAGAUUCUUCAAGGGGAAUAUCCAUGCAUUGCUGAGUCAAGUGAAGGUUCCAGGUGAUAACGAUGAAAUAAAUAACUUCUUGGUGUUGGAAAACAAUCUUCAAGGACCAGAAGGAAAAGAUAGCAAGCCUGAAGUAUUUCUCUUAAAAGCACACAAGAAGCACUUCAGCAAAGCAUGGCUUUUAUUUCUAAGUAAACCUCUGUCUCCAGAAAUCCACAAGAAAGUUCUUCUAAAUCUUCACACCAAUGUAAUCCCAUAUAUGAAUGAUCCUAAGAUGUUGAUGGAUUUCCUUACAGAUUCAUACAACUUUGGUGGAGCUACUAGCCUGCUAGCACUCAAUGGGCUUUUCAUAUUGAUCCAUCAAUACAAUCUUGAUUACCCUGAUUUCUACAAGAAAUUAUAUGCCUUACUUGAGCCAGAAAUUUUUCACAUCAAAUAUCAGUCCAGAUUUUUCCAUCUUUUGGAUCUAUUUCUGUCAUCUACACAUUUACCAGCUUACUUGGUUGCUGCAUUUGCCAAGAAGCUGUCAACUCUUGUAUUAUCUGCUCCUCCUCAAGGUGCAAUCUUGGCUGUGGUAUUUAUUGGAAAUCUUUUGAAAAGACAUCCAAGCUGUCAAGUUUUAAUUCACAGAAAAGAGGUGUCCAAACUUCUCCUUAGUGGUGAUGUUGAAGAGAAUAAUGUCCCUUCUAUAGAAAGUGACCCAUAUAAUCCCAAGGAACCUGAUCCAGCCAAGUGUAAUGCCAUUCAAAGUUCAUUAUGGGAGUUAAAGACUCUUCAACACCACGUCUAUCCCAAAUUGCCAUCAUUCAUAGAGUUUUUUGAGAAGCCACUUGGAAAGGAAGACAUUGACAUAUCUAAGUACUUUGAUUCCAGUUAUGAUGACCUUUUUGAGAAGCAGUGCAUUAAGGUAACUGAAAAUAAUGCUAUAUUGGAAUAUGAACAACCUAAAGGAUUUUUAGGCAAGAACUUUGAUGGAUUUUGGAGUAUGGAGUAAGGGAUAUUUCUUAUGUACUGUAGUGCAUUAUUAGAUUAUGGUACUUGAAAUAUAUAGGUCACAAGAAUAAAUUAUAGUGGUUGAACUGUCGAUGAAAAUUAUGAUUGUAACUGUAAAAUUUUUAUAGAUAAACACUUUACAGUAAUUCAAGUGAUAAACUUCGUGGCCCUUUUUAAACAUCUUUAGUUGAUUAAGGACAUGACUACCAUUAACUUGGUCAUUCAAGCCACAUCUGAUGUGUACAAGCCAAGCUUUCUGCUUUUGUUUUUUAGCGAUUCGUAUACACAAAGGUACUGCACAACUAGAAACCAUAAUUUAAAAUGAGUGUAAUCCUACUAUAUAGCUAAAGAAAUAAACUAUGAUGAAUUUUUG